AUGCUUCCCAGCAGCCCCAAGAAGGCCCCCGUGGGCGUGGAAUGGGUGGCGGGCCUGUUGGCUCUCUUGGCGCUCGUCGAACAUUGCGGUCGGACCCCUUUUUCUUUUUUCCAGAGACCGAAUUUCAUUACGCAGGCCGAUCGCGCCGAGGGCAUAUUAACAAUUAAAAACUGUGAACUUAUCAUUUGCUUGGGGAAUGGUGCAAAAGCCAGUUUUGUUUCUUUGUGGCACUCCAUUGUGCCGCUUGGCAAGCCAAAGAACGAGAAUUUUCUGAAGGCAUUCGACGAUGCCAGGGCGACUUUUCGAACUGAGUGGAUGGCGCUGGGGGAAAGCAGGUCAAUACUGCAUCAGCCGUAUGAAAUGGCCAGGGCGCAAAUGGCUGAAGAAAAUAUAAAGAUCCAACAGGGCGCCUACGCUCAAACGGUUGGAUCACAUGAUUGCAUUAAUCAAAUGCCGAAACAGAUUAACACGUUGGGAUCGCAUAAAAACCAGCUGCGCGAUGAAAAAAACCAGACGCAGUCUCAAAUCCAUUAG